GCGACUCGUCGAGGAAAUAUCUUCCGCCGUAGAGAACAUUUGUGGAGGGCUGCCAUUUUAGCGACCUUACGGCAGCACAAAUGAAUUAUGGGUGUCAACGUGGUCCAGCUCACCUCUAAAUCUCACCAUGAAAACAUCCUGGCCUCUCUGCAUCAGAUGAGGCUGCAAGGACAGUUUAGUGAUGUUACAGUCCAGGUAGACUACCAGGGAGACGUGCAGGAGUUUCAGGCCCACCAGGUGGUGCUUGCAGCCUCCAGUGGCUACUUCAAGAAGAUCCUUCUCUCUCAGGACGCAGCCCGAGACAAAUUAUCACUCUCAAAUAUGCACUCCAACAACUUCUCCAAGUUUUUGGAAUUUGUGUACACUGGUAAAGUUGAAGUUGCCAGAGAUAAGAUUGGUGAUGUUCAAGCAGCGGCACAGUUGUUGGACUGUGAGGAUCUUGCAGAGGUUUGUGGUGAGGCCAUGAGUGCGGGAAUUCUACAAAACCCAGCAAAGAAAUCGUCUGCAUCAAAGGUUGUAGAUAAAGAUGACUCACAAGGUGACAAGAAAGAAAAAAGGGCCAAUGGGAAAAAACAGCCUGAAAGCUUAUUUCAUAAGCGGCAGCUCUCCCCACGGAGCCCUGUGAAAGAAGUUAUAUCAAAAAGAGUAAAGAUAAAGGACACAAUAAAGGAUGAAAAAGGAGGACAGGUAAAGCAGAGGUUGGCUGGCCGUAAAGCCCUUCAGAGAAAUACUAAAAAAGAGGCUUUUAACAGUGAAAACCAAGUUACCACUGAAGACACAGAGGAGAAUGAGGACAGGACUGAAGGUGAUGCUCAGCCAGAGAAACAACCAGAGAAAGAAGCUGAGACUUCGGGAAUGAUAAUCUCUGAUGUGGAUGGCUGGGAAUGUGAGGACGAUGUGCAGAGUAAUGAUCCUGAAGACCCUCUGCUGUUAUCUGUGGGGGUGGAGGAGGAUGAGGAGGAGGAGGAGGAGGAAGAGGGACAGUCCAAGGAGAUGUCAAAAAGACCAUCCAAAGCCCAGUUCCAGUGUAACAAGUGCCAACGGACCUUCCACUACGAGAGAAGCUACUUGAAGCACAUCAGCACAUACCAUGGAAUGAAAGCCGAUGUUAUCUAUCGCUGUGAGACCUGCCUGCAGACCUUUGCUAACCGCAGCAACUUGAAAAUCCAUGAAAAGCAUGUCCACAGUAAUGAGAGGCUUUUUGCAUGUGACUCCUGCACAAAGACCUUCAAACGAAAGAAGGAUGUUGUCCGCCAUCAAAGACAGGUACAUGAACGUAACAAUCUGCGUCAUGUCUGCUCUGACUGUGGAAAGACACUCAGCUCCAAAACUGCUCUGUUGUUGCAUGGGAGGACACACACAGGCACAAAGCCCUUUGAGUGCACUGACUGUCAGGCCAGGUUUACCCAGAACUCUGCACUCAAGAUGCACCGCAGGACUCACACGGGAGAGAAGCCAUUUGCAUGUGAUGAGUGUGAGUCCCGGUUCACUCAGAAGCACAUGCUGGCCUAUCAUAAGAGAUCACACACGGGAGAAAAGCCUUUCAUGUGUGAGGCAUGUGGGAAAAGCUUUGCAUCUAAAGAAUACCUAAGGCACCAUUCGAACAUCCACACUGGGUCCAAGCCAUACAAGUGUGAACAGUGUGGUCGAGGCUUUGCUCAGAGGAAUUCUCUUCACCAGCAUUUAAAAAUACAUACAGGUGAGCGUCCGUACAGCUGUAAAGACUGUGAAAAACAGUUCACCCAGCUCAACGCCCUCCAGAGGCACCAGCGUAUUCACACAGGAGAGAAACCCUACAUGUGUGGCCUUUGUAACCGCACCUUUACAGACAAGUCCACCCUUCGCAGGCACACUAUGAUUCAUGACUCAGAUGCUCCCUGGAAGAACUACCUGGUGGUGCUGGAGGGAAAUGUGGAGGACAAGAAACCCAGAAGUCCUACUAAGGGAAAGACAGAAAAAGCAGGAGCAGGGGAGAAAAAGAGUUCAGCGAGAAAAAGUGGUGGUACUGCUGGUGCUGCCGGUAAAACCAACAAUGACUCCACUGUGGUUUCAGCUGAGCCAGUCACUCUCCCAUCUGAGUGGACCAGUCAUGGAGCCAUUGCUCUGGUCAGUCACGGUGCCCUCGGCGGGAUCACUGUCAUCCACACUGAAGUGCCACCUGGGACACAGAUCCAGCCCAUUAUGACCACUGACAGCACAGGGGCCAGUGUCAUUUCCUUAGAUGGUUCCACCAUCCCUGUCCCCUUCUCUAUACCUGUGUCUAUGGCUCAUCCUAGCCCCUUGUCCUCUGAAACCUCCUCCACCGUUUUGUCUGUACCUUCAGUUCUCUCAGUUCCUGUUUCUGAAAGCGCAUUGGCGUCAGUCUCGGAGAUCCAAACUGUUUCAGCGUCAUCUGUCCUGGAAGCUGCUGUUUCACAGACCAUUUUGGCUCCGGUUUCAGACACUAAGACCACUUCUGAGAUGGAUAUAUUACACCCUAAUAUUCAGACUGUGAUUGUCACUGACAAAGCUUGUGGAAAAGAACAAACAGCAGCUGUCCAAAGUGAUGGACAGCAAAGGACAGCAGAUAACUCUUUAGGUGAACCUAAAGAUCAAGAAGCUUUGUAGAAAAUGCAUCUAAAUAUUUCCAGCCCCUCACUUAAUGAUAUUUGUUGUAUAUACUUUGGAAUUAGCAAUGUCUGAAUUUGUGUUCUGACUGCAGUGUUUCAUCAUAAUCAUAAUCUAAAAUCCAGUGUUUCAUUAACAGUCACUUGGAUGUGAUGUUCAGUGUUUAUCACACCCUUUGGGAAACUCAAGGUAUGCAUUAAGAAUCACAAGUUUUAGUCACAAGCUUAUGAGAUAUAACUAAGGCGUAAUCAAGAUUAUUAUAAUUAAUGAUUGAAAUAAUAUUGUACAUGUCUCAUAAUGUACAGUGUGGAAUGCGGCAUAAAUCAUAUUGAAUACAAAUGAAAUUAAGUUGAUUGUUAGUUCAUUACAUAUAAUGGCAAACAUCACAUCAGGUUCAGUACAUUUUAGCCCUCAUGUUAAUAUCAGACACCUGUUCACCAUACAUCAUGUACUGCAGGAGUUACAACCUGGAUGAUUGUGGAGGAUCAUGGUCUGGGAACCUUGUCAGAAGUCCUUGGCAGCUGCAGAACAGCACUCCAGUGAAUCCUCAAGUAGCUUUCCAUACACCUUUUGGAAUGACAACACGCUUUUCACAACUCUUUUGAUUUAUUUUGGUCUGAAUGUAAAUGAAUUAUCUUAAAUCCUUCAAAAUUCUGGCACUUUACUCUCUUUGGAACAGUUUCCAUAUAACUACAGCUGUGUUUCAAAGUAUUUGUUAUGUUCAGCAGACACUCCAUAUUAUCCCGGAGGAUUUCUGAGUCUGCCUCCACUUACAGAACUUCUGGAAAGAAAAUAACCUCUAUAAAGUUUUUAAGUUUUAACCCAAUUAAAUGUAAUUAGACUGAAACUAAUUGGUAUCUUCUUUCCAAAUGUAGAUUUGUUUUAUUUAUUGUACCCAAUCGAAACAGUAUUAUUAAUGUGGAUGCUUGCAAAGAAGGUAUACAAAUAACAUUUUGAUCCGUCACUAAUGACAUGGGCAGGAGAAAGGAAAUGCGCACUAAACAAGAUGUAGACGUUGUAUAAGAACAGGACACAAUCAUGUCAAACCUAGGUCACAUUGUUCUCUGUCACAGGUCAUUGAUUAAAUUGAUUUCUGUAAUCUAUUGCCCCAGCAAACUUCACCCAUCAAAUCAAACAGCAUAAGGUUACAGUCAGACAGGGCAGUAGAUUAAAGUAAUAGAUCAAUAAAAGUAUACGAGUUUAAUUAUAUAUAAAUCCAAGCACAGUAUUAGCAACAUGCAUUUUAUUUAGUGGGCUUAUAAAUACAACUCACAAAAUACAGACUGUAAUACAUUUAUAUUAUUGUCUGUUUGUGAUUUAUACAUUAUUCU